UUAAUCAAGAAAAAGAACUACUCCAUUGCUAAACUAUGAUUAUGGAUCUGAGAUCUCUCUCUCACACAAAUCCCUCUCACUAAUUUCCUCAUAAUAUAAGAUCCAUGUUUCUCUCUUACCAGUAACACUUCACUCUCUCUCUCUCUCUCUCUUAAUUUUCUCUCUCCAUAUGACCAUAUUAAGAAAACAUGCUGACUCUCUUCUUUCUUGAUUAAAAUGCAAAGUCUUCUACAUUCAAAUAUCCAUUACAUAUACAUGCAGAAACAUACUAGAGAGCUAAAGAUGGUAUUUUUAUGAGGUAUAAAGAAAAUCCAGAAAAGGGUUCUUGGAAAUUGAAGGUGAAGAUUAGAUUCUUGGCUGCAUUUUGAAAAGUAAAUUACUCAAGUGUUAAAAAGAUCAGAUUUUUAUGAGGUAUGAAGAAAUUCCAGAAAAGUGUGCUAGAUAUUGAAAGUGAAGAUUAGGUUCUUGGCUGCAUUUCUUAAAGUAAAUUACUCAAAGUGUUAAAAAGAUUAGAUUUUUAUGAGGUAUGAAGAAAUUCCAGAAAAGUGUGCUAGAUAUUGAAAGUGAAGAUUAGGUUCGUGGCUGCAUUUCUUAAAGUAAAUUACUCAAAGUGUUAAAAAGAUUAGAUUUUUAUGAGUUAUGAAGAAAAUCCAGAAAAGGUUGCUUAGAAAUUGAAAGUGAAGAUUAGGUUCUUGGCUGCAUUUUUCAAGUAAUUCACUGAAGUGUUAGAAAGAUUAUAUUUUUAUGAGGUAUGAAGAAAUUCCAGAAAAGGGUUGCUAGAAAUUGAAAGUGAAGAUUAGGUUCUUGGCUGCAUUUUUUUAAAGUAAAUUAUUCAAGUGUUAAAAAUAUUAGAUUUUUGAUAGAAUUAUAAAUAAAGUAUUAUAAGGUGUUUAUUUAUAUAGUUUCUGGAAGUGAAAGUGUGGGGAAGGAGGAUGCUAAUUAUGUUAUUAAGGAUUGGCUUUAUGUUUUCUUGUGAUUCUAUGAGUUGGGUAUAGUGUAGAAUUUGCUUUUAUGUUGGAAUGAGCAGAGCAAAACUUGAACUUUUCUUGGAAAUUUAAAGUCUUGGGCUAUUGGAGUGGACAGUAAAGUUGCUAUUUUGGGAAAAAAACAAGUUGGUGAAAUGAUAUCUUCAGGGACAAAUUUGGUGAUGACUGUGAUUGGAUUUGCAGUUAGUACCAUGUUCAUAGUAUUUGUGUGCACAAGGCUAAUUUGUGCAAGAAUUCAAUUGAACGCUAGACGGCGCGAUUUUGCAUAUGCUUCUAGAUCUGAUCUUAGCAUUUUGGAGCGUGGUUUACAUGGUCUCGAGCCUCUUGCUGUUGCCAACUUCCCGACAAAGAAGUACGGCGAUGUGUUUUUUACCUCUGCAGAAGAUGCUCAGUGCAUUGUUUGCCUUGCCGAGUAUCAAGAGCAGGAUGCCUUACGUAUUUUGCCACUAUGUGGGCAUUCUUUCCAUGCAACAUGUAUUGACAUAUGGUUUCAGCAGCACUCCACGUGCCCAGUUUGUCGAAUUUCUCUGCGUGAGACUCCUGAAAAGAAGAGAUUUAUGCAACCGUUGUUUAGUUCAGCUAUUCGAUCUCACUAUGCGAUGGAGUACUCCCUGAAUGUUACUUCAAACCGCUGUCUAUCAGCUGAGCAGAGGCAUUCUCCAAGAUUACAUGACAGCCUGAGACCGGACUCCACAACAGACGACGCUCAGUGUCCACCCGAGGGUGGUAUGAUGGUAAUCAGAGGGAACAAUGUCAUUUUAAACGAGGAUAGUCAUAACACGAAAAACUCAGAAAACAAGCAAGUUGAGAGCCCGUCAAAUACAUAAGCUUUCAAAUUGGCAGAGAUGGGAAGAUUUCACAAUGAGCUGAUUGGAACGGGAGUUAGGAGGGACGGACUAUACUAUUUUAGCAAACCGGACGUGGUGCAACAUGUGUCUACUGUCGUGGCAACGUCCGCAUUGGAAUUGUGGCAUCGACGAUUGGGGCAUCCUUCCGAGAGAGUAGUUAAGUUGCUUCCUCAUGUCAGUAGAAUAAGAGUAGUUUAGCAAAGGAUUGUGAAGUGUGUUUACGUGCUAAGCAUCCUAGAGACAAAUUUCCUUUAAGUGAUAAUAAUGCAUCUAGAAUAUUUGAGAAAAUACAUUGUGAUUUGUGGGGCCCAUAUCGCCAUGUUUCGUCGUGUGGAGCUCGUUAUUUUUUAACAAUUGUUGAUGAUUUUUCCCGA